AUGAUUACAAAAUUAAAACAAUUGAUAAAUGAUAAUUCUGUGGGACAAACAAAUAAUCCAAUUUUGGCUGCUCUAAAGGACUUAAAAUUAAACAGCAACGAUACUUAAUUUACUUAAUAAGCAGAAAUAAGCAAAAGAUUAAAACACUUUUUUGCAAAUGAUCAAUCAAAAGUAAUAUUAAUAGAUAAGCAUUUAGUCUUAGUUUUUAAAAUAAUUAUUAAUAGUAGUAGGAGAGUAUUUAUUAUAAGAGUAUAAUUUCUACAUAAAAUUAAAAAUGCUCUUGUUAGUGCAUAUUAUUAUAAGUUCUUAAGUGGCAAGAGCUGAAUUCUCAAAAAUGAUUAUCAACACUCGUCUAAUAAUAAAUAUUAAGAGUAAAGAUGAUAUAGAGAUAAUAUAUGGAUAAUUAUGUCAAUCUUAUUAUUGUUAUAUAUAUAAAUUGGCUGCUUAAACUACUUUAAUAAAUGAAGAAUUCAAUAAACCUUAAGAGGAUCUAAUGAUAUAUUUUACUUUAUCUAAUUAAUGUUAUAUCGGAAUGAGUAUGUAAUAAUUGAUAGAAAGAAUAAAUUAAGAUCAGGAACCUAAUCCUAUAAUAGCACAUUUAGUUAAGUUCUUAUAUUUUGACAUUCAGGAUAUUUAUAUUUUCAUACUUAAAGACGUUAAGUAUCUAAUAGAAAAGAACCCAAAUUUGAUAGAUAAUAAAUAAUAACUAUUAGAGUUAUAUAAGGAAGUAAAAAUAAACAUACAAAUUUAGUGUCAAUCAUUAUAAAUAAAAAUGUUGAGUUUUUAUAAAUUCAAUAGAUUCUUUCCUCAUUUCAAUUAGAUUAUGCCUCCCCAUUCCAUUUAGAUCAAAACUUCUAUAUUAAAUGGAAUAAUUGAAGAGAAACCUCUCAUGAAAUAAGCAUCUAUUAAAUCAGGUCCACAUGAGAUACGUGAGCCUUUGUCUGUCAAAAAUUCAGAUAGAAAACUAUAGUAAUAUAAUAGACCUUUUUCUCCAAAAUAGAAAAUGCAUUGA